AUGGCUUCUUAUUUCAGUGACUGGAACUAUUAUACAGGACCAGCUUCUGAAGGAAGAAUUCUUCUAAUUUGGCAGGGGCUUAGUGUUUCUGUUGAGGUUUUGAAGGAAAGUGACCAGUUAAUUCAUGUCUAUGUUCAAGAAGUGAGAUCUAAUAAAAAGUUUUGUGUUACUUUUGUUUAUGGUAGGAAUUUGAUUGAGGAGAGACUGCAGCUUUGGGAUGAUCUUUCAGAUUGGUUGGACUUAUUCCCUCAUGUUGAAGCUGUUGUUAACUGGGGAAUGCUAUCUGAUCAUUGCUUUUGCAUUAUCGAAUCUGGAGCUGCCUUGAACUGUGGUGUCAAACCUUUUAGAUUUUUUAAUAUGUGGACUGAUCAUGAUAAUUUUAAAGAGACAGUGAUGCAGAGCUGGUGCAAGCCUAGUAAGGGUUAUGUUAAGGAGAACUACCAAGCUGCUCAAAUUUAUCUUCAAGGUGACCCUCACUCAAAAGAUUUUCAAAGAGAGGAAAGGUUAGCUGGUGAGAUAUUCUCUAAUCAUGCUAGAAUAUAUGACAGCUUUCUUAGACAGAAAAGUAAAGUUAAUUGGCUUCGUUAUGGUGAUGAUAAUACAGCAUACUUUCACGCUUGUUUAAAACAGAGAAGGGCUUCUAACCGUAUCACUUCUUUUGUUAAUGAGACUGGUCAGUUAAUUGAGAGAUAUGGUAACAGUUUUUCUUUGGACCAACAUAUUUGUUUGAUAAAGCCAUUUACUAAAAAGGAAGUGGAAGAUGCUUUGUUCAGUAUUAGUCCAAUUAAAAUUCCGGGUCCUGAUGGGUAUGGAUCAGGUUUUUUCAAAGUCAUGUGGAAGGAUGUGAGAGCAGAAAUUUCAGAGGCCAUUUUAGAUUUCUUUGAUCAGGGUCUGCUGCCUGAAGAGUUGAAUAAGGCAACAAUUUCUCUGAUUCCUAAGAUUGAAACCCCCACUAAGGCAGUGGAUUAUAGACCCAUAGCAUGUUGUAAUACUAUCUAUAAAUGUAUUUCUAAAAUGCUAUGUGGUAGAUUGACUAAGGUACUUCCUAGUCUAGUUAAUCAAAAUCAAGAAGCGUUUGUUAAGAACAGAUUGUUGGCGCAUAAUAUUCUUAUACUUCAGGAUAUUAUUAAAGGUUAUAAAAGGAAAAACAUCUCUCCUAGAUGUGUGAUGAAGAUAGACCUGAGCAAAGCUUAUGACAUGUUAGAUUGGCAUUUUUUGGAGGAUAUUCUCAUUGCUUUCUGUUUUCCCAACAGAUUUAUCAAGUGGGUGAUGACUUGUUUGAAGGAUACUUCUUAUUCGAUCUUAAUGAAUGGCAGGAUUCAAGGGGGCUUUAGAGGUAAAAAAGGUCUACGACAAGGGGACCCUAUUUCUCCUUUGUUAUUUGUGCUAGUAAUGGGAUACUUUACUCGGCUUCUCUUUCAAGCUUCCCUAAACAAGAAUUUCAGAUAUCAUCCAAAGUGUAAGAAUCUGAAAAUUGUUAACCUUUGCUUUGCCGAUGAUUUGGUGAUAUUUUGCAAGGGAGUUUCUAACUCGGUUCAGAUAAUUAAAGAUUGUUUCACUAAAUUCAGUUUGGCAUCUGGUUUGUCAGCCAAUUUGGAGAAAUCUCAGGAGUUUUAUCAAGGAAAUAGAUCAAUUAUGCAGAAACUUUCUCUAGAGGAUCAAGGAAGUAACAUCAAUCGAAGUAAAAUGCAUCUUACAGCCUGGGAUCAAGUGUGCCUGCCUAAGAGCCUGGGUGGUCUUGGUUUUAAGGAAGGGGCCAAUUGGAACAAAGUGUUACUAGCUAAAUUUGUUUGGGCUGUAUCCUCUAAAAAAGACAUUCAUUGGGUGAAAUGGGUUAGAGCCAAAAUGGAGGAAUGGAUGGGAAUGGAUAUUGGGCCGAGUAGAUAUGAGGAGUGGAGCUCUUGGAUGGUUGGAAAGCCUAAGGGCCUAAAGCAAAAGGUAGCUGCUGCAGCACUAGCAGCUGCUGUGUAUAUGGGACUCAUCACUGAUAGUCAUGCUCAACGCCGAGCAAUCGACUAUAAGGAGCUGUUCAAGGUCUUGAAUGAUCAAUUGGUGGAAGUCGAGGCAAAGAUUGAAUUUCUGACUAAGUCUAAGAAAAAUCUCCAAGAAAAGAUUGAACAGGCAGAGAAAGCAGCCAACAAAAGGUUGACGAAUCAACUGGUGGAGAAAACUCAAGAGAAUGAGGAGCUCAAACAAGACAAGGAAACCAAUCUUGCUCGUGAUGAAGAAAUCUGCGUCAACUACUUCUUUCAGAUAUGGAAGUUAAACAAGCCUCUUAUCCUUGACUUUCAAUCUGAAGAGGCAAGGGCGAAAGAUCUUGCCAAAUGUGAAGCUAAUGUAAACGAGGAGGCAGCUCUUCCAGCUGGCACUGUACCUGCCUCUCCUGCUCUAUCAUUUUGA